AUGGCGGCCACUGAAUCUAAGAUGAUCGUGCUGAGUACCUCCGACGGGGAGAUCUUCGAGGUGGAUGAGUCGGUCGCCUGCGAGUCGCAGACGAUAAAGCACAUGAUCGAGGACGGCUGCUCUACCAACGCCAUCCCGCUCCCAAACGUCUCGUCCGAGGUGCUUUCGAAGGUGAUUGACUACUGCCGGCGCCACGUGGAGGAGAAAGCGGAGGACAAGCUGAAGGAAUUCGACGCCGAGUUCGUGAAGGUCGACAAUGGCCUGCUGCUUGAACUGAUCAAGGCUGCCAACUACUUGAACAUCGAAGGGAUGCUCGACAUCACGUGCAAAGCUAGUUUGGAGGCCGAGAGGAGGAGAAGAAAGAAGCUUAAUGAUCGGCUAUACUCUCUUCGUGCUUUGGUCCCUAAUAUUACCAAGCUAGAUAAAGCUGCUAUUCUUGAAGAUGCGGUUAAUUACGUCAAGGAGCUGCAAAAGCAAGUAAAGGAUAUGGAGAUUGAACUCGAUGAAGAAAGUGACGAGAAUAGUACAUUAAUGGUAAGAAAUAGUGGCAAUGACGAGACUCAAGAUUCAAAGGAGAUGGUGCAACAAAUGGAGCCACAAGUGGAGGUGUUUCAAAUAGAUGGGAAUGAAUUGUUUGUGAAGGUAUUGUGUGAGCAUAAGCAUGGUGGAUUUAUGAGGCUAGUGGAGAGUUUAAGUUUAAUGGGAUUUGAAGUGAUCAGUGUUAAUGCAGCAAGGCACAGGUGCCUGGUUUCAAGUGUCUUCAUGUUAGAGAAAAGGGAUAGUGAAAGUGUACAACAAGCUGAUCAAUUAACAGAGUCCCUGCUUGAGCUAUCAUGA